UACUUCUCCGUGUCUGCUGGCGUGGGGAGGCAAGAUUUGUGUUGAACAAUAGGCAGUCAUAGGAAGACGUCAAGUCAACUAGUCUAACCGUUCGGAAGGAAUAUACCAGCUGGGAUUAAUGCACUUGUCUAUCUUGCUACUUGAUUUUAAGUAAAUUAGUGAUCUAACGAAGAACCUUAAAAGGAUAUUAUAUGCGACAAGUGAGCCAGACAAUUCAACGAAAGGGUCAGUUUGAGACCAAGGAACUACAAAACUGGAGCAAGAGAAGGAUAGAAAACGACAAAGAAUAUAGUCUUUUCCUUGAGAAGCAGUUCCGGUUGUCCUCCUGCCUGCUCUCUCUGCGCGGAUGGUUUUUAUCAGUAACUUAUUCUGCUAAUAAAUAUAAAAUCACAUUUUUGUGCUCAUCAGGGUGUCAUUACCUGGAAUCACAGAAUCUUCAUAGGAAUAAGAUUGAAAAGCUUGAAAGCCGGAUGCUUUGAUUACAUUUCGAAUUAGAAGCUUCUGCGGAAGCUGCUGGAUUGUGCAGAUAAAGUGGAUGAUACUUCCAUAAUUCUACUAGCAAAGCAUUUUCAAACAUGAUUCCGUUUUGUAGUCAGACCAGCCCGACUUAAUCUGGGAAGCUGAGAAUUUUUUUAAGAAGCCAAAAUCCAAACAAAUUUCCUUUUAAUAUGAGUGAUGACAAUUCAGACUCCGCCCCCAGCAGUGACCCACGGGGCACAGGGGGAGGAGCUGGAGAGGAGACUGCCCCCAGGGCUCUCUCUGGCUCUGGUGAGACUGCGGCCCCCCCGACGGGGAUUCAGGGGCCGCGAGGCUUAUCUAGGCAGCCGCCAGGCACUAGACCAGAUGACACUGAUGCCCUGUCUAGCGGGAAUGACUCAGCGGAGCGGGAGAGCGAGGGCCGGAUGGAAAGGCAGAGCGGAUCCCGGGGACGCCAGUCCACCUGUAGCUCCCAGAGCUCCUCGAGUCACAUUGGAAAAGAUUCUGGCUUAAUGCUGGAGACCACCGAGAGCAACAAGAGCUCCAACUCCCACAGCCCGUCGCCUCCCAGCAGCUCUGCAGCGUACAGCUUGCUGAGUGCCAGCUCCGAGCAGGACCACCCCUCCACCAGCGGCUGCAGUAGCGACCAGUCGGCCCGCGUGCAGACGCAGAAGGCACUGAGGAAGGCCCUGCGGGAGCUGAAAAUCCGGGUGCCGGCCGACCGUAAGGGCCGAUCGGGGACGCUCGACGCCCUCAAGUACGCUCUCAACUGCGUCAAGCAAGUGCGAGCCAACCAGGAGUAUUAUCGACAGUGGAGUGUGGAGGAGAGUCACAGCUGCAGUCUGGACCUCUCCACGUUCACUGUAGAGGAACUGGACAACAUCACCUCCGAGUACACCCUCAAAAACACAGACACCUUCACCAUGGCUGUGUCCUUCCUGUCGGGGAAGGUGGUGUACAUCUCACCGCAGGGCUCUUCUCUCCUGCGCUGCAAGCCGGACAGCCUGCAGGGGGCGCUCUUCUCGGAGCUGCUGGCCCCUCAGGAUUUGAACACCUUCUACAGUAACACGGCGCCAUGUCGGCUACCCCUGUGGUCUACCUGCAUGGGCUCAGGUCCCUCCCCCAUGGACUGUACACAGGAGAAAUCCAUAUUCUGCCGCAUAAGCGGCGGAUGGGUCUACCAGGGUGCGGUCCGGUACUACCCCUUCCGCCUGACCCCCUACAGGCUUACCCUGCGCGACUCGGAAAUGGCAGCCGCCCAGCCAUGCUGCCUCCUCAUCGCUGAGCGGGUGCACUCGGGUUACGAAGCUCCACGUAUCCCUCCCGAUAAGAGGGUCUUCACCACCAGCCACACUCCGAGCUGCCUCUUCCAGGAUGUCGAUGAACGGGCGGUCCCAUUGCUGGGCUACCUGCCCCAGGACCUGGUGGGCACACCUGUGUUGCUGUAUCUUCAUCCUGAGGACAGGCCCAUCAUGUUGGCCAUCCACAAGAAAAUCCUGCAGUUUGCGGGGCAGCCCUUCGACCACUCCCCCCUGCGCAUGUGUGCCCGCAGUGGGGAGUACCUCACUAUCGACACAAGCUGGUCCAGCUUCGUCAACCCCUGGAGCCGCAAGGUGGCCUUCAUCAUAGGCCGCCACAAAGUGCGAGCGAGUCCCUUAAACGAAGACGUGUUCAGCCCCCCUCAGGGUGGGGAGGGCCGGGCCAUGGUGCCCGAGGUCCACCAGCUGAAUGAGCAGAUCCACCGGGUCCUGGUGCAGCCCGUCCAUGCCAGUGGCUCCCAGGGCUACUGUAGCCUGGGCAGCAACGGCUCUCAGGAGCAACACAUGAGCGCCGCCUCCUCCAGUGACACCGCAGCUGAAGAGACCAUACAGCUGCGCAAGCCUAUGACAUUCCAGCAGAUCUGCAAGGACGUCCAUAUGGUGAAGACCAAUGGUCAGCAGGUCUUCAUAGAGUCUCGCAACCGCCCCCCACCCCGAAAAAAUCCCAGUCCAGCAGCAGUGGGCACCUUGGGAGCCACAGAGCCAGCAAGGCCAGUCAAGGAUGUGAGCAAAGAGGCUGCACUUCCAUCAGAAACGCUUACAGUGGAACCUGUGAGAAAGGAACCACCGACAACCUACUCUUACCAGCAAAUCAACUGCCUGGACAGCAUCAUACGCUACCUGGAGAGCUGCAACGUGCCCAACACUGUCAAAAGGAAGUGUGGCUCUUCCUCCUGUACAAUGUCCUCCACCUCCGAUGACGACAAGCAGAAGGAGUCAUCGGGCACCAGAAAACGCGCAUCGGUGGCCCUAGGGGCUGAUGGGACGGCGCUGCCCCCGCUGGCACUGCACAGUAAGACGGAGAGUGUGGCGUCCGUCACGUCGCAGUGCAGUUUCAGCAGCACCAUCGUCCACGUGGGCGACAAGAAGCCGCCCGAGUCGGACAUUGUCAUGGAGGAGGCCCCUCCUACUCCUACUCAGGCCCCGCCCCAGUUGCCACCCCCUCCUCCUCCUCCGCCCAUGCCUCUGGCAUCAGCAGCUCCACCAAGCCCCGCACCACCACCGCCAGACAGUCGGAGGGGGGUUGCGGGGCGGUUGGGCCUCACCAAAGAGGUGCUGUCGGCACACACACAGCAGGAGGAGCAGGCCUUCCUCAGCCGCUUCCGGGACCUGAGUCAGCUGCGUGUGUUUGACCCCAGCUCCGCCCCUCAGCGGCGCCACACAGCUACGCCCUUCGCCAAAGGGGUGCGCAGUUCCAGGGAUUAUCCUGUAGGGGGCAGCAGUGGACGCAGACGUGGACGAGGAGGCAAGAGGCUGAAACAGCAGAAGACGUCUGAUCAGAGCAGUUCUUUGGAACUGGGGGAGGCCGUUUCAGGCCAGUUACAGGGCAUGGCGGGGGAGCCUAAAGGCCCACACCCCCCUUCCCUGCUCCCAGGAGCAGCUACCUCUUCCUCAUCCUGGCCAGCCUCUGUAGGAUCCCAGGCCAGCCUGCCCCCUGUGGCACACCCUCCAGGGGUCCUGCCAAUGUUCCCCUUUUACCCCCCUCCCUUGGCCCAGCCUUUGGCCCCUGUUGCCCCUGACCCCCUUCAGGCCAGUUUGCGCUACCCCCUGCAGCCUCCCCCAUCUCUGGUUCCCCCAAUGGUGGCAUUUGUUCUGCCAAACUAUAUGUUCCCACAGCUGAACCCACCCAUGACCUCAAUGCCCCAGCCCUUCUAUAACCCAAAUCCUGGUUUCUCGUACCCGACUCCUGUCCCCGUACCUCCAGCUGCCCCCCCGGCCCCCGCCACACCUGCCCCAACCCCGUGUGCCCCGUCACGGUCCAGCACACCCCUAUCCUUCAGCCAACCACCACUUGACCGUGAGGGGGUGGAGUCUCCCCUCUUCCAGUCCCGAUGCUCCUCCCCCCUCAACCUGCUGCAGUUGGAAGAGUCACCUAGCAACCGGCUAGAAGUCACAUCAGUUCUGGCUGCCACCCAGCAGACCACACCUCCUGUUGGAGGGGCUGCGCAGGAGUGGACAGGGAAACAGGGAGGCACCACUGGGGGCCGGGUAUCACCCAACCAAAGCAACGGGACAGGAGAUUCCAAAGAGAAUGAGAAUGCAGAAGCAAAUGAGUCCAACCAGGAUGCCAUGUCCACCUCCAGUGACCUCUUGGACCUCCUGCUGCAGGAGGACUCCCAAUCGGGCACUGGCUCGGCCGCCUCGGGCUCAGGGUUUUCGGGGUCCGGUUCGGGGUCCUCGGGCUCUGGCUCCAAUGGCUGCAGCACCACAGGAAGUGGAACCAGAAGCAGUCAAAGCAGCCACACCAGCAAGUACUUCGGCAGCAUUGACUCGUCUGAAAACGACCACUCCCGCAGGCAGCCAGCAGGGGGCGCCGACGAAGAGCAAUUCAUCAAGUAUGUCCUGCAGGACCCCAUCUGGCUGCUGAUGGCCAACACUAAUGAAGAAGUGAUGAUGACCUACCAGUUGCCCAUCCGGGACAGAGACACGGUGUUGCGUGAGGACAGGGAGGCACUGCGCUCCAUGCAGAAGCACCAACCCUGCUUCACAGAGGGGCAGAAGCGGGAGCUGAGCCAAGUCCAUCCGUGGAUCCGCACGGGACGCUUGCCCCGGGCCAUCAAUGUGUCUGCAUGCGUCGGCUGUGAGUCUCACCCCUCUGUCAAGGAGGCCGCCCCGUUCGACGUGGAGAUCCACGAUAUGGAGCUGGGCACCGUGCUGGAGCCUGCCAAGGAGGGCGGUUCUGCACCAGUCGUUGGCGCCGCAUCGGUCACAGCCAUGGAGGAGGAGUCAGAGGGUGGAGCUACAAGCACCCACGUCAAUGACCAGGAAAUGUCAGUGGAGGAGCAGGAAGUGACCUCACAGGCCAACGAAGACGAGCGUCCUCUCUUAGCCAGUAUGGCCAACUGAACUGGGGGGAAGGCUGAUGGCGAAAGAUUAACAGGGUGCUGGUUAAUUUAACACUUCUGUUGUCCUGCCCACUGCCAGCGCAUGACUUCAGCAGAAGUGUAUGUGAAUAGAGACCACGUUAUCUUUUAUGCCUUUGGCUGGCGUGCGGUCUGUGUGUGUCAGUGCUGACAGUCCAGCUCCCAGCUCUGUACACGCCACGCGGCUUAGCACAAUAUUUAACAUUUUUAUCAGUUUUAUCAAAACUGGCCGCAGUUUGUUGUUGACACUACUUUCCAAGAAACUCAUCUCUGGAAAAAGUGAAAAAAAAGAAAGAAAAGAAUGAGAUAAAAGGAAAAAGUGAUCUAUCCUUGCCUUGCUACUUCGGAGGAAUGGUCAUUACUGAGUCUCUGGUCACUCAGAUAAUCAUGGAAAGCUCCAGUGUAAAUUGAUAUCUAAUCGAUUUUUAAUGAAUCUACUUUUAUUAUAUUUAUUUUAUGCUUAAGUUCGAGGCUCAGUGAAAGGCAAUGAAAUUGCACUAGGAAUGUUAUUAAACGGCUAAGAAGAAUUGAGCCCCAGAAUGCACUGCCCUUGUCCCAGAAUGCACUGCUUUCCCUAACAAAAUUGAGUUGCUGGUUGUUGCCCAGAUGGAAUUUACCACUGAGCUUUUUUUUGUUAAGCACCAGUUUAAAUUCCCAACUGUUUUCUUGUUUCUACUGAUGUUAAACUGUUAUCCCAAGUUUUUUUAGCCUAAGAAACACAGAUUAGACCAAAUGUUCACAAUUUUUUAAAAGUAUGUAUAUUUUUGUAUGUUGUAAAUAAUAUUAGACAUUUGGAGUGUUUUCAGGUCCGCAGCACAGAUUGUGACAAGGAGGGAAAAGCAAAUGGACGUAGGAGUAGAAGUCAUUUCCAUGGCACUUGGAUUGUGGGAGGAUGUUCUGUACUCUCCGACCUGCAGGGGGCAGCAGCCAGCACUGAUUUCGGUGACCCCGUUGUGCCCCUGGGUCUCAAUGUCACUUUCUCUGUGAGUCCUGCAGUCCCACUGUCGUGAGUGGAGUGUGAUUCUUCAUUGCAUCAGUGGUCAAGUUAUUUUUUGUGAUUUUAAAUUUUUUCUUUUUCUAAUAAAUGUGAUGAAAUAUA